UUCGAAUUCGUUCUGAAAAAAGAAAUAAAAAUGCUGAGAAUUGGGGGAAAGAGGUUGCUAGGGUUAGGUUUAGCUCGCGGUGCACCAUCGCCGGUGCCGGCGGCGGCAGCGUCGCCGGCGCGAGGGUAUCAUGAAAGAGUGGUGGAUCACUACGACAAGCCGCGGAACGUUGGGGCGUUCGAUAAGAAUGAUCCCACAGUGGGGACUGGGCUAGUCGGUGCUCCGGCUUGCGGCGACGUGAUGAAGCUCCAGAUCAAGGUGGAUGAUAAGACUGGAAAGAUCGUUGAUGCAUGCUUUAAGACCUUUGGCUGCGGCUCCGCCAUCGCCUCCUCCUCCGUCGCUACUGAGUGGGUAAAGGGGAAGGAGAUGGAAGAAGUAUUAGCCAUUAAGAACACUGAAAUUGCAAAACACCUUUCUCUCCCACCAGUGAAACUCCACUGCAGCAUGCUUGCGGAGGACGCAAUCAAGGCAGCUGUGAAAGACUACGAAGCAAAGAAGGCCAAGUUGUCCGGAAAUUCCAACACUGCACCGGUUGAAAAAGCAGUUGAAGCUUGAGCUAUACAUCUCUUUGUUCAACAAAUUGUGUUAGCUAAAGCAUUUUGUGCAUUUGAGACCUCUUACUAUGUGUGCUAGCUAAAAUAAGACCUUAUGCAUGUACAUUCUUAAUUCUACUUGAAAGCUUGUUAUGAACAUCUUUACUAGC